GGAAGGGAUUUGAAGUCCAGGCUGGAAUCUCAUCUUUAUCGGCUCAGUUUUUCCACCGGCUUUCUCGCAAAUUGGUUCUUCUACUUCUUCACGCAGAUUAGCUCGGCAGAGCGCAGCGGCGGCGGGCGGCGAAGCUUGAUUUUUCUUGUCGUUUUGAAGGCGGCUUGAUAGAGCGUUGUUGGAGAAGGAGAAAGGCUAGUUCGAUUUCUUUGUGUUCUUGUUCAUCUUCGAUUUGGGAGGUGCCGGGCGGGCUAGUUGAAGGGAUUGGGAAGGCGGAGCUUGCUGCACGAAGUUUUGUUGUUUUUGCUGGUUGGAAGGGAGAGUAACGGCGGCUGCAGUUAGAAUAGGGUUGGAGGCUUUUCUGUUACGGGGAUUUUUUGAAUCAGGGCGGCUAUUGUUUCCUCUUUUUGGAUAUUAGGGGCGUUCGAUGCAACCCUUUGGUAGUCCUAUUUCAUGCCUUCGCCACUUCCCGGGGAGCUUAAGGAGGCUUUGGUCAAGGACCGGAAGCAGGACCGGGGUGCGAGCAGUGAUGCGGUAGGCGGAGCGGGAGGUGUCGGUGGGGGCUCCAGCUCAACCGUUCGGGGGCGAGAGCCGUACCAUGGGCAGCGAGACGUCUCUCGGGCCUCUCCACGUCGGGAUUUGACAGGUCACUAUAGGCACGAUGGAGGGUAUCAGCAGUUAUAUUCUGAAGAAUCUAGUGGGCAUGGUUGCACGCCUUCCCGGUCUGGGGAUAAAUUUUUGCCGGAAGAGGAGAUCUUUAGGCUAUCCUCUGGAAGGUGCGGCGGCAAGAGUACCGGAAGCGGUGGAAGAGAAAGCCGGGGAUCUUCUCGGAGAUCACCUUGCUUUGACUCUGGCGGUGACCAUCCUCGGCAGCACCAUGUUCCUCCCAUAACUGCUCAGAGGUCUGUCGCUGUUCCAAUAACACACGCAUCUUCGUCAUCUUCAUCUCCGACCCCUUUGAAAAAUCUUCCUGACAAGAACGAUGGCGGUGUAAUUGAAGGCGUGGGCACAGGCCAGAAAUAUGAUCGGGACCAUUCUUUGGGUUCGAUCGCUUGGAAGCCUCUUAAGUGGACUCGGCCGUCUAGUUUGCCUUUGUCCAAGACUGUCCGAUCUGAGAGUGAGGAGGCCAACGUAGAAAUUUCGGUGCCUCAAGUGAAGGAAUCUCCAGCGGGAUCUCCUGUUACGUCACAGUUACGGUUGGAUGAUAAAGCUCCGAGUAAGAAGGCCCGUCUUGGCUGGGGUCAGGGUUUAGCAAAGUAUGAGAAACAGAAGGUUGAAGGGUCUGUGGAUGUUUCUAGCAAUAAUGGAUCGGCUCAGUCAACCAACAGUGCCAAGUACAUUUUCAGUGAUUCAAGCCCUAAGAUUCCUGUUCUUACGGGAUCCAUGUCUCCAGUUACCCCUUCUUCAGUUACAUGCAGUUCAUCUCCUGCUGGUACAGAUGAAAAGCUCUCCAUAAAGGGAUUAAAUGCUGAAACCGAUCGAGCUCAGUGCAGUGAUUCAUUUGGACUUGGGCCUCAUGAUUCGUCAGAGGAUAUUUUUAUUAAAUUGGAUCAACUGGAUGCCAAUUCCAUAAAUAAACUUGCUUUGCUGCUUAGUGAUUUGAUGCAGCCUGAAGAUGCCUGUUCAGGAGAUUCAUCGUUCACCAGAAAUUCAACUAUAAAUAAGCUGCUACUAUUAAAGAAAGAUAUAUCCAAAGAACUUGAAAAAACUGAAUGUGAAAUUGACUUAUUUGAAAACAGGCUGAAGUCUAUUAAUGGUGAUGGGCAGAGAAAUGAUUUUCAGGAAUGUACAUACACAUCCCCAAAAGAUGGUGUUGCACAUCCUAGUGUAAAAUCAGUUGAUGCUUCAAAGUCGUUGUUGAAAUUAUCUUCUGAUAGCUGUGCGGUGGAUUCUUCUGCUGUUCUAGAAGGACAUGAGGCUAUACACACUCAUUUAUCAGAAGUGCAUACAGCUGCUGUGAAGGACACAAGUGAUGAUCUCCAAUUGAUGCGUUUGGAGCAGGAGUAUCCUAAUUCUUUCACUCUAAUGCAGCCUGCUGUGCUAUUGCCAGAUGAUAUUUGCAGUCAUGAACAGGCUUCUUGCAUGGACUACAGAGCAGAAAAAGCAGAUGAUAGUCUGCUUGCUUUUAUAAUGGCUUCUAACAGGGCUGCUGCCAAAAGAGCUUCAGAGGAAUUUGAUCAGGCCAUGCCGCCUGGUUUUCACCAGUUCAAUGUUUCAGAAUCAUAUUUGUUGCACUGCAGGAAGAAUUACAUGCAUGUUAAAGGAAGACUAGCCAUGAACAAGCGUAUAUUGAAAUUCAAAGAGCGUAUUCUUGCGCUUAAGUUUAGGGCUUUACACCAUUUAUGGAGGGAGGAUCUUGGCCUGCUGACAAUGAGAAAGCAUCGGCCAAAAUCAAGCAAGCGUUUUGAAGUAAAUAGCCGUUCAUCGCAUUCUGCUUUACAGAAGCAUCGAUCUUCCAUCCGUUCUCGAUUUGCAUUACCUGCUGGCAACCUUACCAUGGUCCCUACAACAGAAAUACUCGACUUUACCAGUAAGCUACUUUCGGAUUCUCAGAUGAGGCUUUACAGGGAUAACCUGAAGAUGCCAGCACAAAUUAUUGAUGAAAAUGAUAGGAGGUACUCUAGAUUUAACUCCAACAAUGGUUUAAUAGAGAACCCACCUGCUCUUGAGAAGGAAAGAGUGAUGGUGAAUCCUUGGAUUCAGGAUGAGAAGGAAGUUUUCUUAGAAAUGCUUGCUACAUUCGGGAAAGACUUCAAAAAAAUUUCUUCAUUUCUUAGUCACAAAACAACCGCAGACUGCAUUGAAUUUUAUUAUAAGAACCACAAAUCCGAGAGCUUUACUGAAGUGAAGAAGCAUCUCAAGCGGAGAAAAAAAUUGCAGAGUCGACACUGCAACACAUACCUAGUAACUUCCGAAGCUAGGUUUAAGCGUGAGACUAAUGCUACUUCCCUGGAAUUGUUGGGUGAAGCAUCAAUGAUAGCUGCAGAGAGCAACUGCAACAAAAGAAACAGUCUAAAGCAGACUGGCAAGUCAGGUUACCAUGACACCAAAGUUUUUCGACGGAGCUAUGGUUCUUUAGAGAAGGCUAAUAGUGAAAUUUCUGGAAGCGACAGAGAAGUUGCUGCUGCUGAUGUGCUGGCUGGUAUAUGUGGUGCUCUAUCAUCGGAUGCAAUGAGCUCUUGUGUUACUAGCUCUAUUGAUCCAUCAGAGAGGUUGCACUUUGCAUCAAUUGACUGUUCUCUAACACCAGAAGCAGCCCAUGUGAUAGAUGAAGAAGACACAUGUUCUGAGGAGAGUUCUGAUGAAUUGGAGUCAGCUGAUUGGACCGACGAGGAGAAAUACAUGUUCAUCAGAGCAUUUAACAUGUAUGGGAAGGACUUUGUUAAAGUUUCUCAUUAUGUCAGAACAAGGUCACGUGACCAAUGCAAGAUUUUUUAUAGCAAGGCUCGAAAAUGUCUUAGUCUUGAUGUGAUCCAACCUGGGUCCACCAAUGGGGUGACACCACUGAGUGAUGUUAAUGGAGGGAGAAGUGAUACUGAUGAUGCUUGUGCUGCGGAGAUUGAUUCAGCAAUCUGUAGUACACAGUCAUGCUCUAAGAUGGAUGUUGACUUCACACAGUCCUUGUUAGAAACCUGUAGCGACGCAGCUCAACAAGCAGAUGCUGAUAGGUCAUGUGAGCAAUGUGAGAUUGUUGUAUCCAUUCCAGAUGAAGUUGAGGGAAAGUUUGAUGAUAAGGUUUCAGUUCGUAAUGACGAUAAACUUGUAAUUGAGCAGGGAAAUCUUGAGUUUGGGAAGGAUCAAGGGGAAAUAUGUAGUUCUGGUUUGAGAAGGAAAGAGCAUGAGCAACUUCAUGGAGCUGUUGAGUUUUUUGCGGACACUCAAACAAAUAAUGAGAAUACUGAUGAAAUAUUAAGUCCAGGGAAGCCCGCAGUUAAGUUACAUUGUGAAAUCGAGUUUAAUUCACUGACUUCUGCAGAGGCACCACAGAAAGCUAACUGUGGAAGCUCUGAUGCUAAGGAAUCAAAUAAAGAAGUGGACUCAAAUCAGUUUGUUGGGCUGCCUGACCCUGCAGUUGAGAAUAAAGCACAUUUUAAGAUUAAGGAAAUUGCUAAUGUUGGUGAUUCCUUUAUCUUUGGCCCAAAUUCACAUUCUAGUGGAAAUUCUUGCAAUGAUGUAGAGCAAAAGAAUGAUGGAUGCCCUAGUCUUCUCUCUUCCAAUUUCCAGCAGCAGGUUCCCUUGGAGCUUCUUUGUUCUAUGCAAAAAAGACCUCAGACUGAAGUUGUCAUUCCUUUUGAUGAGGCUGAUAACAAAACUUCCAUUGCCAUUCUCAAUUUGCAGAAUGGGGGAGAUAAGUCCCGACAAGAACCAGUUGGUAGAGAUCUUUCUCAGAAUCUGCUUAAAACCUCAUUUCCAAAUCAGAUGGAUCCUUCUUUGCAUGUUGCCAGUAGUUGUUUCAUACAGUCAUUUACUCAGAAUCUCAAAGAGUCGAAAAUUGACAAAAAGUUGAUUGAUAACAAUUCAAUACUUGAUAUGCCCAAAAUGGCAGAUUGUUCUUUUGUUCCAGGAUUGAACAAUGACAAGUGUGUUUGUGCAGAGGUUUCAAGUUCCAGUCCUGGGAUCGCAUUAACCUCCAGGUUGGAACAUAAAUCAGAGAGACGCCUUGCUGAAGCUAAAUCAGAAACACACAGAACUAAAAACUUACAAGGCGAUCACAUUGCAGAGUCUGCGGAUCAGUCUCAGCGAGUAGGUGAUUUGAAGUUGUUUGGUCAGAUUCUUACCCAUCAAUCAUUACAGAAAUCAUCAGAGAGUAUAAUGCCACUCUCACCCAGACACAAUUCAAAUGCAACCACUAAUUCAUCCAGCUGCUGGAAGGAUGCAGCUAUAUUUGCGCCCCCAAGGCCUGCAAAGAAUGGCCUGUUGCACCAUCAGGGGGAUCUACCUCAAAGAAGCUACGGUUUCUGGGAUGGCAACAGGGUUCAAACUGGCUUGUCAUCCUUGCCAGAACCUGCCAUUGUGUUGGCAAAUUAUCAAGCCUCUUUGGCUGGCAUGCCUUUCGUCGCAGGCAGCACCAUUGAUUAUGAGCAGCAAGCUCAAAUGCAAUCCGCUUCGACGCCCGAGUUGCAGAAAAGAAAUGGUUUUGAUUUACUAUCUGGUUUCCAGCAACAAGGGAGGAUCAUGCACCUGGGUGUGAACAUUGUUGCUGGAGGAGGGAUUAUGGUUGGAGGUAAUGGGGUAUCCGACCCGGUCGCCGCCCUCCAGAUGCAUUAUUCAGGAAGAAGGUCGAAGAUCCUUGCCGGCGAGUUGGAUUCAUUGAUGGGAGACACUGGAGGAAGGUAGUAUUGUGGAAAUGGAGGAAAGUGUAGUAAAUCUGUUAUUGGUAGUUGGCUUCAGCUGUAUCAUAUAGUUAGUAGUUUCAUAACCUGAAUGAAACCGAUGAGGUGGGAGUUGGGUUGGCUUGCUGUCCAUAUAGUGUUGUUGUAGCCUUCUUCUAGUAGUCUCUUGAUGCUUUGAAUUUCUUUUAUCCAUUAAUUUCCCUCGGUCAUGCCAGAGAGGUGUUCAGGAGCUAUGAUUCCUUUUAUUUUUGUUUUAUUGUCAUUAUUUCUUUUUGUAGCUCUCCAUACACUGUCGACCAGGCUUCCCACUGGCUUUAUUGUGUAUUUUUACUGAUGCGUUUGUAGUUUUGAAUUGUAGUGGCUAAAAGCCUUGUUUGCGCAUAAAGCCCCGUCUAUUCAAGAUGGUCUAUGGCUUUGAAAAUGUUUUUUUGACGCUUUGAUACUUUUUUUUUAAUUUUUGAUUGGCAAUUCACUGCAAAUAUUUGCUGGCCA